CCCCACAAAGAAAGGAAAAGAAAAAAAUCAAUCAAUCAAUCAAGGCAAAUCACACACACACACCACCACCCAUCCUGGAACCGCUGAAAACCAUAAACAUUUUCCCUUACGCGUAUAACUCCCUGUGUGUGUCGCCGCCGAGCGUCCUACAGUACCCCAUCAUGGAAUCCCUAAGUCCCACGCCGACGACAGCCGUGGCGAUUACCGAGGCCUCCACCGUCGACGCCCUCCACCAGGAGAGAAUGGAAUACAUACGGCAGCUGGUGCAGGAAAAGGAAUCCUUGGCGAACAACCCCGGCUGCGACGUCGCCAGGAGACUGAUCGAACAAG